GAAAUGACGCGGACUUGGGAUAUCUGACGUGGUGUGAUUGUGGUAUAUAUAAAGAAUCUUAUAAAUACAUUCAUUUCCCAUUUUAACUGGGUACCCAUUUGAUCAUCCGUAAUGGAACUUUUCAUUUGGCUUUUAUUUUAACUAUUGGAGGAUCCUUUGCCUUCCAGUGUGAUGAAAGAAAGAAAUGCGACGAUACUGUAAUUCAAGAAUUAUCUCAUUUGGGAUACUUUCCAAAUAAAGAGCAAUUGUCAAGAUUAUGUCCGUUCUACCGCUUUUAAAUGCGAUGAAAUGACCUGUGACGAGGCACCAUUUGAAGAAUUGGCUCAGCUGGAAUAUAGACCGAAUAGAGAAGAGCUGUUACGUUUAUGCCCGUCAAUUUUGGACUUUUUUAAUUGUUACUUCAGAGGUGUCAAGAACUGUUUAGGAAGGGAGGUUGAAGAAAUAGCAGAAUCUGGGGAUGGAAUUGCUUCGUCUAUUGCAAAAUCUCUUUUAAGUACAAGAAGUCUGGCUGUUGAAAUGUGUGAUGAGUACUCCACUUUACAUAAAAAUUACCUUGAAAACGUGGAGUGCUUUGAAAGUUUAGUCGUGGAAGACUCACCUGUUUGCACGCAAAAAGGUGGAAUGUAUGCUGAUGCAUUUUUGAGACACUUCCAUAAUCUGGAAAAUGAAAAUCUGGAUUGGGAAGAACUCUACUGCUUGGAGCGAUUGUAUGCAUUGGCCUGUUUUGCCGAACAGGUUGAGAUGACUUGUGGUGAAGUAGCCAGAAAAACGUUCCUGAAUAUACUAGAAAAAGUCAGAGGCGCUACAUUUGUAGAAUGUGACAUAGAAAAUCCUCUGAGUUUGAAACGAUCGUUUUUUGAUUUCUUAGAGCUAGGAGGCAAAAGAUCUGAGCUUUACAGGUCCGUAUUUCAGACAUUCAGAAAACGAUAAGACAAACAUUUUUCACGAAUUCUGUAUAUCUUUGUAGAAUUGUGGAAAAGUGCUGGAGUAUAUCUUGUAAUAACUAUAAAAUACUGAUAUAAAUAAAAGGAAUUAAAUGAAAUAAAAAGAAAAGAAAACAUAUUAUCAAAUGUACUUUACACAUGAUAUUUUCGUGUAAUAACACAAUGUAAAUGAAUGUUUUAUGGUACAACCUUUCUUCCUUUUUUAUAUUUUCAUCAUUUUAGUUUUUUAUUCCACAUAUUAUUAUUGACUAUUGAAUGCUAUGAAGUCUAUAACAUAAAUAAAGUGGUAAUUCGAAAUAUAGACUAUGAAAUAGGAAAUGUGAUACAAAAAUAAAUUGUAACUAUUUUCGACAGCCGAUAAACUUUCCUCGAACAUAAAAUAUAAUCUUUUGUUGAAAAAAAUUAACCAUUCAAUUUUUAUUUUUAAUUACAAAAAAAAAUCUAACUAUAUACUAUGUAUAUAAAAAAAGAAAAUAUUGUUAUCACCAAAGUAUAUAACUUAGAGUUUGAUGAAACUUCACGUUUCAAACCUUCUUAAAUCCAUGUAAAGCAUUUCUUUUCCAUUUAUAUCAAUUUCUAUAUGUAUCGGUGUUUAGGAAUUUUCUUAUUCUCAAGUCCGUAAAAAGUAUUUUCGAUUUAUAACUUUUUCUAUAUAUACAUAACGAUCAGUAUAACUCUGAACAAUUAACUCAAAAAGAAUUAAAUCAGAUAUAUAAAAAUCGUUUUACUUAAUUCAGAAACUCUGUGUUAAAUUUCAAACAGUGGUUUUUCAUAGGAAAUUCGCUGUCGCUACAAUUCUCAUACCGCAUAACUGAAAAACAAUGCGAGUUCCAUGCAGGGUGUCCCAAAAAGUUUCUUUAACUAAAAGAACAUUUUGGAUUUACGUUUCUCUCUAUAUACAUGCAUUGAUAUCUCUAAAUCUAAAUUAAAUCCUAAUUUUUAUCUUAAUUUAAUCCAAUUAACUUCAUUCUAAAAUAUUAUCUAAUAUCCUGAUAGAAUUCCACCUUUUUUUUUAUUUAUUGAAUGCUGCACUAGCUCUGUAAAACUGCUGAAAUCAGCACUUUCACACUCUCCAAGGGAAGGGAUAAAAAUAUACUCUUCCAAGCAAAUUCUUUUAAAAGAUACAUAUGUUUCCCUUUCCUAAGUCUACACGUGUCAAAGAAUCCUUAUCAGAAUCUCAUAGCAUAAAAUCACUCGGGAAAAAUAUUUUGGGCUCUUUUGCAUUUGUAUCGCGAUGUGAAUGGACAUCAGUUUCAUUGUCGCUUUUUGUUUUUACAUAAAUUAUACCUCCCGGAAUGGAAUAAAUCAGAAGUUUUAAAAUUUCAAA